GUCACACUGCAGUGGCAGAUGUUCGGAGCACGCAAUUUGUAAAAAGAAUAUUUUAUUUUCAUCUAUAUUUACUUAAAAAUGCAAUUAAUCUUAAAAUCGCGUCGUAACACAUAAACUAUGCUAUACAGUCUUAAUUAGCAUUCACAAAUAAAUAUAAAUUGUGAAUUCGUAAAUAGUGUAUAAAAGAAGAAAGUGCAUCAAAUGCGCGCGCAUUUUUUUCUCUUGCCGCCGCAUCGUUUUGUGAAAAGUGCCACAUUUCAAAAGUUGAACCUUAGUAGUUGAAAAAUAAUGGAACCAUUAACAUCCUUGAAUACAGCGCAUAAAAUAAACAAUAGCUACGAUUCGGAGCCAUCAACGGGCAGUGGGUCUUCGCUCAGUGAAAACAAUGAGGGCCCAAUAUCUGACGAGGAGAAUAUGAAUCUACCAUAUCUGCUGAAGCCAAAACCAUUGAGCAAUGACAAUGCCACCAAAUUGAGUUUGCUUGGCAGCCAGGAGUCGCAAUUUCGUGGCUUUGGUGACAGUCCGUAUGGCCAAGUUAAUAAGCGUCUUUACGGCUCGCAAUUGCAGAACUUAAAGUUGCCCGAAACGAAUAGCAACCAAACAGUUGCUGCUGCCUCAGCGAAACAAAAAUCAUCGCCAGGCAUGAUUGUCUUUCCUCGCUUCUACAAUAGCAUCCUUGAGGAGAAUAGUUGCAAUGCCGUCGACAUGGCAGCUACAUCUGCGCAAACAGAAGCAGAAGCGGUUGCUGCGCCAACGGACAGCUUGUCCUUCAAUGGCAAAAUCAAAAGUCUGACUGAGAUGCCAAGCAGUUCUCACAUAUCCAUUGCAACGAUCUCCUCAGAGACUGCUCCCCAACAACAAGAACAACAAUCACAACAGCAGCAACAAGAACAGCUGUCGGAAUCAUUUAUAUUUAAGAAGAUCAACAACGAACGCUCGCCAGAUUUGUUUGCCGACAGCGAUGAUGAUGAUGACGAUGACCAGACGGACAAGGGUCUGGGCACAACGCUGGAGGAUUUACCCGAAGCCCUCGAGGAGAGCCAAUGCGUAAGCGAAGCGCCCACAACAAGUCACAAUGCCAGCGCACGUUACUCACUGACAGCACCAACGGAAUCCAGUUUUGUGUGCGAUGAGCAGACGCAAGAUGUGCAGCUGACUAGUGGCGAUCCACGCGCUCUUUUUCUGGAGAACUGCCGACGGGAACGUGAGCUCUACAGGCGUAUACGUCGCUGUCUGCAGGGUGUGCGUCCGCCACCCACAGUGACCAUCCCGGACACCGAUGUCAUCAGCGCUGUGGUCAGCAUGAAAUCCAAAGUGAUCAACUUUCUGGUCAGCAGUGAGACCAAUGUCGGCGAUGCCACACCAGCAUCCAGCAUUGAGGAUAGUGGCAUCUGUGCCACAUCUUCGCUGUUCAAGCCUACGCAUAGUCUGGUCGAGGCGCAGAACAUGAGCUGGCGCGAGGUGUUGGGUGUGCGUCAUCACGGGCUGAGCUUCAACUUGAAUAAAGCUGCCGAGCAAAAUGAAUACCUCAGUCUGUCGGUGGUGGAACGUUAUGUAGGAGCUGAGACGGCCACUUCCUAUGUGCGUUCACCAUCCAGUGCCAAGAAGCGCAACAUGCGCAUGAAAAUGCUCACUCAGUCGCCAGGCAAUCGCCUUAGUCAUUUAGCCAAGCGACGAGCCAUCUUCUCCUCGGCCAAUUUGGCGACCAACUCAAUUAAACUGAACAGCUCCAUAGGGCCGCAAAUACUGCUGGAUAAAAAAAAAGAUCGUAAUAAGCGCAAAGCAACACCAAAACGUAAAACGCCCGGCAGCAAAAAGAAAGCUCGAAAAACUCCGUCCUCCUCAGCACGCAAGCGUCUGUUUCGCACUGAUCUCAUCAAGCCAGGACCAUCGCGUGAAACCUCGAAGCGCGCCCUAUUCCAAAGUCCAGCCAAGUCACUGCAACAACAGCAGCAGCUGUUAUUCCCGCCCAAGCCCCUGUUUAAGCCAGAGAUUGCCAAUCGCGUAGAGAGAUCGAAGCGUGCACUUUUCUCGCCCGACAAUGGUUGCCAGCAAAGCACUCCCAGCAGUGCCACUUGCGUUAGCAAUCAGCUGGAAUCGCUUCUCAAGCGCAAACGCAAUGCCCGCGACGACGAAGAUGCUGCUGAGCUGGCCAGUCAGAGUAGCAAAUUGUUCCGCGCUGGCAGCGCCUUUGGCAGCGGUCUCACGCCACGCGCUCUCAAGAUCAAGAGUCAAAGCUUUUGCAUUGGAGCAGGUUCCUCCACAGCAUCGCAACAGAAUGUUGCCGCCAACAUGCAGCCAUCACCAUUUGCCAACACGCCGCGACUGAGCCAUGGUCUGAGUGGCAGCAGCAGCACCUUGGCCUGCAGCACUACGCCGACGAUCAGUAAACUGCAUCGGGCACAUUCUGAAAUGAGUGCGACACCGCAGAGCGCCAUGACAGACAAUCAACGGAAGAAACUGCUGUGGGCCGUUUCCCAGGCGCUGCAGGAAAAGAAAAUAUCUGCGAAGCAUGAGAAUUUCCGGCAACAUGCGGCGGACUUGGCGCGUAUUGUUAAACGCAUCUUUCAAGAAUUUUACCUGGGACACACAACCAGCAACAGUGAAACAUUGCUUCGGCUAGCCAAGAAGUACGCGUUUAGCGUGAUAGCGGGCAAGCAGCCUGAUGACAUCUACCUGCAGGCACGUAGUCAGGAGAGUGAAACCAAGCUGCAAUCGAGUGCACGACUCUCGGGCUACAUUGGACCCGAGGAGUUUGCACAACGAAAGCUGCUGUUGUCACAGAGCUCAUCGCACUCGCUAUCGCAAAUGUCGCUUUCGCACAGCAAGACUGAUGGAUCAAUGCAGAAUUUAUUCGGCAGCGAGAACUCCAUCGAUUCAUUCGGUUUCAGUCAAAUGAGUCAGGGAGCCGCAACCUCAAAUUCAGCUACGCAAUCCAGUCUAAUGGAACGCAUUUCAGAGGAUCUUUUUAGCAAGCAACUGCCCAUCCAGCCAAAUCCGUCAUUGCAGAACAGCUCGUCGAAGAGCAAUUUGGGCGGAUUGGCGCUGCGAGAGAAUGUGCACUGCGAGCAGCGAAGAUCGGCACAAAAGAACUUCACCGGCAAGGAUCAGCGAAACAUCAGUCCGUAUUUUGGUGGCGGCAGCAACAGCAACGGAUCUGGGCGCAAGUUGCCCGUCACAGCAACUGUUGUUAGCGGCGAGUCCAGCGCUAAAGCGAAGCGCCAAAUAUCGUUUGAUAGCUAAAAGUUUUUUUUUUGAUUUGAUUAUUUUUAUUUCUUUAUUGGUAAAAGUACCAGGAUCAUAAACUAUUUAUUUUUACAAAAUGUUCCAAAUUUCAUGGAUUGUUUUUAGCGUAAUUUUUUUGAAAUUUCCGGUACUUUAAUCAAAUGGAGAUAGAGGACGACUACACACACAACAUUAACUUAAAACACAUAUGAUUUGCAAUAUUUUUCGCUGAAGUAAAAGGUAACAAAUGAAAUGAUUUAAUACUACUACUAAUUGAUGCUAAAUGUAGGUUGAACAAUUUAUUGGUCGCGCUUAGAUUGAUAAAAAUAAAUUGUAAAUGGAAUAGCAUACUAUAAAAAUAAAGAUUCACUCAAUAGUAA